AGCAAGCCAGUCUGGUUUUGUAUUUCCAAGCGCGCGGGUUGCGAGCGCGUCGGCAACUAGAUCGACUACCAAGUCUUUCGAAUUUCAUAAAAAAUUUGAUUCUUUUUUUAAUAAUCCGCUAUUCGAUUUUGCGGUUUUGUUUUUUUUCGUAGACCGAGUUUCGCAUCGGCCGGGAACUUUCACAAAGUUUGUUUUAAAAGUUUUUAGUUUAUUUUUGUGUUUUUGAAAAUUGUUUUAUACUAUUGGUUUGUGUUUGGGCAGUGAUUUGUUAUUUUUUGGGAUGUAAUGAAAGUUUUUGUUUUUUGGAGUUUUGCGGUGGCAUAGUGUCGUGAACUUUCGAAAAGUGUUAAGGAAUUUUCUUUUGGCUCUAUCAACAAAGCGCAAUGAUGUUGUUUUGGAAAAUCUUAUGCACUUCAAUUUUAUUAGUGCAGGCGGUGACGGCCAACUGGUGGAAUUUAGCAGCACCAGUUCUCUCACCAGCCAGUAAUACAUCAGUGGAGGCAUUUCCAACUCUACAUAAAGAGAACUGCCAAAAUCUGGAGUACUUGGUGGACCGGCAAAGGCAGCUUUGUAUGCUGUCUGAUAAAAUGGUGCAGGUGCUUCAAACAGGUGCAACGCAAACAGUCGAAGAAUGCCAACAUCAGUUCAGGCACAGCAGGUGGAAUUGCAGUACCGUUCAGAACUCUACUGACAUAUUUGGAGGGGUACUUAAAUUUAAGUCCCGUGAAGCAGCAUUUGUCCAUUCCUUAUCAUCAGCUGCCCUUGCCCAUGCUGUUGCUAGAGCCUGUAGCCGCGGUGAGCUGAAUGAGUGCUCCUGUGAUUCCAGGGUGAGGAAACGGACUCCGAGACAUUGGCAGUGGGGAGGCUGUUCUGAGGAUAUCAGAUACGGAGAGAUUUUUAGUCGAGAUUUCAUUGACGCGAAGGAAAAUAAGGAAACCGAUGAAGGAUUAAUGAAUUUACACAACAACGAGGCUGGACGGCGGGCUGUCCGUGGUCGUAUGCAACGUGUGUGUAAAUGCCAUGGGAUGUCUGGGUCGUGCUCUGUGCGCGUUUGUUGGCGAAGACUGCCCCAGCUGAGGUUGGUGGGGGACGCUCUCUCCACGCGGUAUGAAGGCGCAUCGCAUGUUAAGAUAGUGGAGAGAAAAAAGGGAAAGAACAUAAGGAAACUAAGACCGCUCCACGCAGACAUGAAGAAACCAAAUAAAACUGAUCUUGUGUAUUUAGAAGACUCGCCGGACUACUGUGAACCGAAUGAUGAACUCGGCAUUCUCGGCACCCGUGGCCGGACCUGCAACAGGACUUCAGCGGGACUUGACGGCUGUCGGCUCCUCUGCUGCGGUCGAGGAUAUCAGACACGUGUCAGGGAUCACGAGGAAAAGUGCCGAUGCCGGUUUGUUUGGUGCUGCAGAGUGCACUGCGAGAUUUGCCGGUCGAAGAGAGACCACCACGUUUGUAAUUAGGCUUCUUAAGGAACUGUUUGAUGAUAUGCUCCAAUAGUGUAGCUUUAGGAUUUUGUUUAAUUUUCCACGAAAGUACUAAUGGGUGUCCUAAGACCGUUCAUGUCUGGUAAUAUAAGAACGUACCAAUUAAAAGGCCGGCAACGUAAUCGCGAGCUCUCUGAGAGCCCAUUGAUACUCCAUGGGCAGCGGUAUCACUUUAAAAAAAUAAGUCAAAAAUUUCAAAAGAUCAUCUUUCUUUUUUAAAUUCAAAAUCAGUGGCACAUAUUUUAAUUUUCGGUGACUUAGAAAUUUCGGUUUUCUUUCACGUCGUCUAUGAUCGUGUAAUACGAAAAAUUUAUCAUUUGUUCCGUGGUGUUUUGAUAAUAAAUAAUUACUUUAUAUGCUUUAAUCAAAAUAAAAUUUAACUAUCAAAAUUAUAUAAUUCCCAAACCUUUUUUUUAAUAAUUAUUAUUUAUCUAUUUAUUACUUUAAUUGCAGUUAUUAAAAUUACUAAUAUUUUUUUUGGGCCAUUACGAUCUUUCAACUAA